AUCACCAACAAAGGCAGUUGCAUCGCUCAGUGGUUGUUCUUAAUGUUCUGUCCUUCUGCAAGACUUACACUUACAGACCAGUAUGACGCUGCUAUGGAAGAUCUUAUUGGGAAUCUUUCUCAUUGGACGACUCAGUCAAUGUCAAGACCUUCUAGAGGAGCAUGAAGAGCAGACAGUGUUGGAUGAAGGGACUGAGGGAGGAGAGGACGUGGAAGAGCCUGAGGGUCUGGGAACAGAUGUCAGUCAACCUGAUCAUAGACAGCCAUGUGCCAUGUGGAUGGGAGGUGUUCCUGGCACACCUGGGCACAGUGGAAAACCUGGAAGAGAUGGCAGAGAUGGGCGUGAUGGACUGAGGGGUGAGAAAGGAGAUAAAGGUGAAGCAGGUGCGAAAGGAGAUCCUGGACAGAAGGGAGACAUUGGCCCUGCUGGACCAAGAGGCUUUCCUGGGAACCCAGGUCUGAAAGGGGCCCGUGGUGAAAGUGCUUUGUCUUACCAUUCAGCCUUUAGCGUAGGUCUGAGUGAGCUUGUUCCCACCACCAAUGUGCCAAUCCGCUUCAACAAGUUCUUCUACAAUGACCAGCAUCAUUAUGAUGACGUUUCCGGAAAGUUCCGCUGUGCUCUGCCAGGAGUGUACUUCUUUACUUAUCAUCUCACCGUCUACACUAAAGAUGCAAAAGUCAGUCUCUACAUGAAUGACAAGACCAUCAUGUUCACCUUUGACCAAUACCAAGAGGCCAACGUGGAUCAGGCAUCAGGUUCUGUUAUCUUGCGUUUGGAGGCAGGAGAUGAGGUAUGGCUGCAAGUCUAUGGAGAUGAGGCAUUUGGGGGAGUGUAUGCAGAUAACACCAAUGACUCUACCUUCUCCGGUUUCCUCCUGUAUCCUGAAAUUCCUGCAUCUGCACGGAGACGUUGACAAUACCUAAAUUAAUUAAUUUGGUUAUUUUUAGCAUUGGGAGAUGUGAUUCAGUUUUGCACCAAGCUAUAGUUUUGAGGUUCAGCAGUAUUGCAUGUCAUUUGAAAUCCAUUUUUAUUGCUGUUUUACAGCGUUUCAGACAUAAUGAAUCUGCUUUUGUUCUUGAAUGCCUGUUUGAGAAUAAUAGUAUAGUAUGUUUGCUUCCCUAUAAUAACUAAGUGCUAGGGCUGCACAAUUAUGACAAAAAUCAUAAUUUACAAUUAUUCCCUUGAAAUUGUA